AGUACACAGAGAACCAACACAUCUCAAACGGACUCAAAGUCACAGAAGAAGAAAGGAGCUGAGCACAGAGGCUGAAGCACACAUUUCUGUAAGGUUGCAGUCUAGCGGAGACGGUCUCAGCGUCGACCAUGUCAGAAGGGGGGAAUACAUCCUACACUGACUCCAUCCAGAGGGCUGCCAUUGAGCGCUUCCCUCUGAUCAACGUCAGAGGCGUCCCCCUCAUGAACUACAUCGCCAACAACUUUGACUCCAUCUGGGAUUUCACGCCCGACCCCUCUGACCUUCUGAUCGCCACCUAUCCCAAAUCAGGAACCACAUGGACCCAGGAGAUUGUGGACCUGCUUCUUCACAAUGGAGACGCUGAGAUCUGCAGGAGAGCACCUAUGACCGAACGCAUCCCAUUGCUGGAAAUCUUCGCUCCUCCACCAAUCCCCUCAGGUCUUGAGCUUUUGAGCAAAAUGGAUCCUCCCAGAGUCAUCAAGACACAUCUCCCGUUUCAGCUCGUUCCUCCUGGGUUUUGGGAAAACAAAUGCAAGGCCAUCUAUGUGGCCCGCAAUGCAAGGGACAACCUAGCCAGCUACUACCACUUUGAUCGAAUGAACAAGAGCCAACCUGAUCCUGGACCAUGGGAGGGCUACAUCCACAAGUUCAUGAGAGGAGAGUUAAGCUGGGGUUCGUGGUAUGAACACGUAAAGGGUUACUGGAAGGAGAGAGAGGAAAGAAACAUCCUUUACCUUUUCUACGAAGACAUGAAGGAGAAUCCUCGGCGGGAAGUGGAACGCAUCAUGCGCUACCUGGAGCUGUCCCUCGCCGAUGACGUCAUCGGCCGCAUCGUGGCGCUGACCUCCUUCGAGAGCAUGAAGGACAACCCGAUGGCCAACUACACUUUCAUCCCCGAGCGUGUGUUUGUCCACAGCAUCUCUCCCUUCAUGAGAAAAGGUGAAGUGGGUGACUGGACCAACCAUUUCACCCCUGAACAACUGCGGAUGUUUGAGGAAGAUUAUGAAAAGCAAAUGAAUGAAUUCGACAUCCCCUUCAGGACCAAUAUUUAACUGCAAUUCAC